GAGCGAUGGUCAUGAGCAAUGUCGGCGGCGGGGUCGGCGGCGGCAACGGUGUGCACAUGGUCUUUAGCACGAGCUGCUUGCAGCCGCACCGCUUCUUGCUCUCGUCGUCGCUGCAGCUGUCGGCUGCCCGCGUCGGCCAGGUCAUUGCCGGGUGCACGCUGGCGCAGCAAGCAAACAUCGAGGCCGAGCCGACCUUCUUCUCCAAUUACACCCGCAUCUUCACACGCGCAUUCUCGCCCCACCCCCAGCCCGAUAUCACCGACGAGUACGACCCGUACAACAAGCCGUUUGCGCUGCGGGCCUUUCUGCAGCAGCUGCCACCGACGAUGGCGACUGUCAUCGCGCUCGUCGACGCCGACUAUAUGCUGCUGCGUCCAUGGAGCAAGGCGCACAAGGUCGUCGACGGCCACGCCCUUGCGCAAGACUGGAGCGUCUACUUGGACGAUGCGCCGCGCUCGGCGCUCCGGCAGCGCCUCUGUCGUAGCCACGCGUGCAAGGAACGUGUGCAGCAGUCGCCGUUUAUGGGCCUUGGCCCACCCUACCUCUUUACGCUUUCCGAUGGUCUGCGCUUCGUCGACGACUACUGCGAGCUGGUCGUGCGUGGCCGAGCUCUGGAGAAGAACGACUGGAUGCUCGAGAUGGUCGCCUACGAAGUCGCGGUCGCCAACGCUCAUGUGCACCACGAGAGGCGCCAGGACCUAGGAGUUACCGACCCGCACCUACCGCUGACGUCCGAGCACUGGGCCUUUCUGAACGAUACAGACGCAGAUCCGUGCAGCGACCCGAUCGAGGUUUCAUGGCCGAGAGAGCCUCCGACAGGGCUGCACUACUGCCAAGUGUAUGGCCCCCAGCCGGCGUUUUACAAGUAUGAUAUGCCCGAAGACAUUACCGAGUGCAACAGCAUGCUCUUCGCGCUGCCAACGACCAAGCCAACGCAGGACCGCGUCGCCCGCCACGAGACGUGGGUCGCCUGCAGUUUGCUCAAGUGGAUCAACUACGCGCUGCUUCAAAUCAAGACCCGCACGUGUCGACGAGGCUUCAAUACUUUUCGCGGCCUCGUCCUUACCAACGCGACGGGUGACGGGUCCGCAUACCCGCAGCCAUCCGUUUAGGUGUGGCACGAGCGUUCAUUGUUAUAGAGAACAGCCUCUUCGUGGAUCCAGUAUUUAUGCAACUAUAUGUGUUGAGAC